AUGUGCCGACGCCCAAAGACCAGCAAGAUUUCAUUGGGUCUAAAUCGCGAAGGACAACUGCGUGUUAUGAAGAUGUCGCGGUCUCAAGGGACUGACUACCAGAUGCAUAUUUAUGCUGCCACAUUGCCCAGGUUACCACGCCUAAAGAAAAGAGUUAUCUACUUGACAAAAGCUGGUAUACAGAUCGGUCAUUCUAUGAUUGUGUACUGGUAUACGGAGGAAGGAGCUUUGCCGACACAGUUGUACAACAUUCGUCGAGAACUACGGCGUGAGCAUCCGAGAUAUGUAGAUAUCAAGUUGGAAAGCUCAGGUAUGGAAGAGCUGGAUUAUGUCCCAGAUUGGCUGCAAGCAGAUAUUGCGCAGGCGAAAAAACAAGGAGAAAUGGGUACAACACAUAGCACAGAGGGAAUAGUUGAUGGUGGUGCUAUCGAUGUGUCACAUACAGAAGAAGUGGUACAAGCUGUUGGAUCGCCUCUGCGAAAGGAUUUCGGAAUAGAAAUCGUAGCUGAUCACCAUCCUCUAAUGGUUGAAGGCGAAUCAAUUGAAGCUAUGGUGGUGACGGAAGAAGGUCUUGUACCUGCGGAAAUAGUUGACGAAAGAAUGAUUCCGGAAGGAGCGACGAUAGAGAAUGUUGAGAUCGUUGAAGAAAGCGUGGUAAUAGAUGAACACACUUCGUCUGGUGAAGAGGUAGAAACAGAGACAGCAGAAAAAGUGGUGCAACCACGAGAAGCACACGAAUCAAUUCAUAUAGGCGAAGAUGUUGAUAUUCAAUCUGUGGAAACAGUAGAGACGCAACGGUAG